CAUGAGUGACAAUGUAAAACAAAACCCUGUAUCUUGACACUAUGUUCCUCUUUUUAAUGGUGGAGCUCUACUUUUGCUCAUCAUUUAAUCAAAGCCACGAACUAGAUUUUUUCUUUUUUUCUCUUUUUAACUUCUUUUGAUGUAAAUGUCAAAGCCCGCCAUAGCUAAAGCUUCAAAGUUGGUAUAGCUUUCUAUGACAAGCGACUGGUCAAAAAAAAAACAAAAAACAUUAUCACCUUUAUGAGCACUAUGUCCUUUAAUUUAUAUGGUAUAGACGUGUAAAAAAAAUCAGCAUAUUCUACUUGUAUCGCAGCUGUUUCUAGUUGUAUCACACACGAAUAUCAGGAAAACACGAAAUGGGAUUCUGGAUUGAAAUUAGAUAGACCUGUGAAACCCCAAUUUGCUCCUUUAAACGCCAGAUUUGGUGCACCUUUUCAAGGGAAAAACAAAAACCCAUCUGCGUGAAUCUCUAGGUGUGGUGUGGGGGCUAGCUAGUACCAAUUUUCGUUAUGUUAUUAUGCAUGAAAUAAAGUGGCGGGGUUCUCAUUUGAAGCCAUUCAAGCUCAUGGAAGCAGGUGUUUCUAGGCAUAAGCGCUCUAAAAGUGACACUGAUCCAUUUAAAAGAAACUCAAAGUGGGACAAAAUGAAUACCAUCCUGGAAGCUCCUUCCCAAGUCAAGAUGAAGGAGAUGGUAAUUACAGAAGACUCUGCUGAAGCUAGGAAGAUGCAACCCUCAAAACCAAUGGUCCAGAGCUCUUUAAAUCAGGAGGUUCUGAAGCUACAGAGGCAAUUAGAGGACCAGUUAGCUGUACGUCAUGCACUGGAAAAUGCAUUAAGUUAUCAGCCAUUGUCACAUGAAGCAGCAACUGAUGAAUCAAUACCAAAGCCUACCAAGGAUCUAAUAAAGGAAAUCACAGUGCUAGAACUGGAAAUUCAGUAUUUGGAACGACAUCUUCUCUCAUUGUACAGGAAAACAUUUGAUCAAAAAGUGUUGUCAGUGUCGACGGUGAAUGGAAGACUUAAUUCAGUUUUAAGCACAGAAAAAGGGAUAUCUUCAGAAGCUUCUUCACAAGAUAUUAUACCCCAAAAAGAAACUUCUGUCAUUUACUCUGGGAGUUCAGUUUCUCCUCGGUUUUCUCUUGGCAAUUCCCAGGAAUGUGUGGAUGCAUGGGAACCAGAGAAACUGCUGGAUUCAAGUAUCCAUCGGAGUCACUCCUCACUAUCUCAGCGUUCAGCUUGUUCAUUUAGAGCAUCACCGAGGAAAUUUCUAAAUAAGGCUGUAGAUUCAUACCACUCUUUACCUUUGUCUAUGUUGGAGCAAGCUGAGAAUGCAUCCCCAAAUGCUAAUCUGGCAGAGCAUUUAGAUACCUGUUUCAGUGAUCAUGUUCCAGAGACACCAAACUGUCUCUCAGAGGAGAUGAUUAGGUGUAUCUCAGCCAUAUACUGUGAACUUGCAGACCCACCUUUGAUCACUCAAGAUUACACUUCCUCUCCUCCUGUUACAUUCUCCUCUUCAAUAUAUGAGGCCUCUUUACAAAAUCAGAAUGAAAAGUGGAGCUCGUUGAGUAAAAAGUUACCAUUUUUCAAUUCACAUCACGAUAACCACUUUCACUUUGAGGGGCCAGAAGGACCCGGUGGCCCUUACUGCAGAAUGCUUAAGGUUCAGUGGAUCUGUAGAGAUGCUGAGAAACUAAAAGAUGUUGAGCAUAUGCUAAAGAAAUUCAGAUCCCUUGUCUAUCAGCUGGAAGACAUCGAUAUCAGAAAGAUGAAACAUGAGGAGAAGCUAGCAUUUUGGAUUAAUGUUCAUAACUCACUAGUAAUGCAUGCAUAUUUGGUUUAUGGGAUACCACAAAAUAGUCUUAAAAGAGUUUCUUUACUACUAAAGGCUGCAUACAAUGUGGGAGGUCAUACCAUUAGUGUUGAUUUAAUUCAGAGUUCUAUGUUGGGAUGCCGAUUGCCUCGACCUGGACAAUGGUUGAGGCUACUGUUUUCUUCAAAAACAAAAUUCAAGGUUGGAGACGCUCGAAAAGCUUUUGCCAUUGAGCAUCCUGAACCUCUUUUACAUUUUGGACUAUGCUCAGGAAGCCAGUCUGACCCUGCGGUCCGUGUGUACACACCAAAGAGAGUGUUUGAGGAGCUGGAGAUGGCAAAGGAAGAGUAUAUUCAAUCAACUUUCGUUAUGCAGAAAGAGCACAAAAUCCUUCUCCCUAAGCUUGUGGAGUCUUUUGCAAAGGAUUCAGGCUUAUCUCCAGCAGAUUUGGUAGAGAUGGUCGAACAUUUUGUACCUGAUUCUCGAAGAAAGACUAUUCAUCAUCACUGUCAGCACAAAAAAUUCUGGAAGGGCAUUGAAUGGAUUCCUCACAACUUCACUUUCCAUUAUUUGCUUUCCAAAGAAGUGGCUUGGUGAUCAAAUCCUUCUUGUAUGAGUGCCAAGAAUGAUCCUCUACUUGUACUUUGGCCACUCACUUUUGUGUCAUGGCGGGGGUUAAACUUAUAGUUAAGCUCAAAAUGAGUGAAUGACAGAUGAAUCACUACUAGACCUUUCAUUGUUGGCACCAGAAGGAUGAUCAAACUGGCUCAAGAUGGUUAAGUUUAGAAAAAAAAAACCUUGAAAUGGAAAUGAAUUCAAAUUGGGUAAAGAUGAUAUUGGAAAAAGAAAAAAGGAAGAAAGAGAGAGUCUAGCAUUCACUUGUAAAUCAAGUCAUGAGUUUUUCUCAGUUUAAAGCUUGAGCUUGUUUGGUCAUGAAUCUUGGUUCUGAUUCUUCUGUCAUUCACAUUCAAAGACUGUUGAUAAAGGAAAAUACUGUUAUAUAUAGAACGGCCAUGAAGUUUAUGUAAUA